UUAUAGCAUGCAUGCAUGGAGCCCCCUGAAACUUCAUCUGCCUCUUCUCCUUUACUUUCCAGUACUAAUCUUGAUGAUGAUAUUCAACCUCUCAAUCUUUUCCCAAACGACAACCAAGUUGCUCAUCUUCAACCUCUUCCAUUGAUUAGCUGCUUGCUACGUUCACCACCUCAACUAUCUUCGAAUGAAAACCCUAAAGCAUGCAGUGGAGAACUCGAUGAAAAUGUCACUGUAGCCUUGCACAUUGGCCUCCCAGAAUACUCGUACAGUCCCGGUAUGAGUAAUCCUAGCGAAAAGGGAGAUAUAAAUAUGGCAUCCGAGAAAUACUGGAUUCCAACUCCAGAACAAAUACUCAUCGGCUUUACUCAUUUUUCUUGCCAUGUCUGCUUCAAAACUUUCAACCGCUACAAUAAUCUUCAGAUGCAUAUGUGGGGUCAUGGCUCACAAUAUAGAAGAGGAGCAGAGUCGUUGAAGGGAAGCCAACCAAGAGCCAUGCUAGGAAUACCAUGCUAUUGCUGCUCAGAAGGAUGCAAGAACAACAUAAACCACCCGAGAGCUAAGCCUCUGAAAGAUUUCCGAACGCUGCAAACUCACUACAAGAGGAAACAUGGGAUGAAACACUUUACGUGUCGGAAAUGCGGAAAGUUGUUGGCGGUGAAAGGAGAUUGGAGGACACACGAGAAGAACUGUGGCAAACGAUGGCUUUGCAUUUGUGGUUCUGAUUUCAAGCACAAGAGAUCGCUCAAAGACCAUGUUAAAGCUUUUGGUUCUGGUCAUAGUCCUUUUCCUCCUUCGAUUUGAUGAGGAUGCUGCACCUAAUUUACUUCGCUUUUUCCUUAUCAUAUGCUUCUCAUUCCUCUCUCAAAUCGAUAAAAUUUUAUGUAUUUUAUGAGUUGUGGUUUUCCAUGGAUUUCCCAAUGAUAAUUUAGGUAAA